AUGGGCUUCAUCAAAGCAGAAAACCAGCCCAGCUUCGGCCCGGGCCCCGUCCACAUCAACCCCAACGAUGCUCAGCCUGGACAGUUCGCCUUCCUCCCCUACAGCAACACCGGCUUCGACAACAUCCACCCCAGCGAUCUCGGCAAGCCCGGCACAAGCGAUGGCCGCUCCAAAGUCGCCCGUGCGUGUACCGAAUGCAAGUCGCGCAAGAUGCGCUGCGAUGGCGGCCUCCCCUUCUGCGGCCGAUGCAUCACUCACAGCCGCACCAAGUCGUGCGCCUACGUCGACCCUCCCAAGCGAUCGCCCAUCACCCGCCAAUACGUCAGCUCCCUCGAGACUCAGCUCGAAGAUGCAAACAGGAAGAUCGCCGAGCUUCAGGCAUUGGGCAACACCGCAGCUGGCAAAGCCUCGGCUGACAAGCCUUCGGCAGCCGGCCCCGCUCUUCAGCGCCGUGCCACCCAGCCCAUCAUGCCCAACCGCUCCUUGACCGGCGAGGGCACCAUGCACACUUGCGGCUUUGCCACCCACGCUCCCUCGUCGCCAUCCAAGAAGCGUCCCCGCUCCAUGUCCGGCGGCUCCAACGACGAUGCCAACGACGAUGACCUUGCCGACGACGCUUCCCCCUCCUCCAAGCCUUCGGGCGACGCUGCCAACUCGUCCAAGGACGUCGAUGCCCUCGGUGGUGGCAACUUUGUCAGCCUCACCAGCUGCAACGCCGCCCUCCAGAUCGCUUCGCAGUUGAGCCUCGGCAGGAAGUCGGCGGGCCAGGCCGACUUCUCGGCCAUCCAGACGCUCGCCAGCCACGACGCCGCUCCCCGCUCGGCUUCGGCUGGUGGGCUGGAUGUGUCGUGUGAGGGUCUCGCCAGCGCCUCGGCAUCGGCCACCUCGGCCAUGCAGAUGCAGAACGCGUCUGCCCUGCCGGACAACGUCACCUUUGCUGCCUGGGACUCGGAGAGCCAGCGCUUCGCAGUGGACCUGCUCGAGUCCUUCUUCGAGUUCCACCUGACCUCCUACCCCAUCCUCCACCCUGCCACCUUCCGUGCCCAGCUUCAGGGUACCGUCUGCCCUCCGCAGUUGCCUGCUUGGCCCAUGCUGGUCAACAUGGUCUUUGCGCUCGGCGCCUUCGAGCGCAGGGUCUCGGCUGAGGAAGUGGACGUGGACACGGUCUUCUAUGAGCGCGCCAAGCAGAUCUACAACGCCGUGCUCUUUGACAAGGCCGAGAUCAUGUCGGUGCAGGCGCUCACUCUGAUGGCCACCUACUGCCAGAAGAAGAACCUCUUUUCGAGUGCUUGGAUGGUGCUCGGAAGUGCGCUGCGCAUGGCCAUCGCCAUGGGUCUCCACUCGGAGGCUGCGCUCCAGGCGCGUGACAUGCCCGCCUUCGACCGUGAAUUCGGUCGUCGCUUGUGGUACACGCUCUUCACCAUGGAGGCCGACACGUGCGUGAGCAUGGCACGCCCCAACGGCCUGCUGAGCAUCAACGCCGACGUGGCGCCUCCCCAGAAUCUCGACGAGACGGCCAUGUCUCCGACCUCGGACGAGCUGCCUUCCGAGGUGUCCGAGGCCACGCUGAGCUCCACGUUGGCCAUCCACGCCAAGUUUGCCUCGAAGAUCAGCAUGCCGCUGCAGGCGCGUUUGAUGAAGGGGCCCAACCCCACCAUCGAAGAGGUGCGCGCCUUCGACCUCAAGACGGAAGAGUUUGUCGACAGCCUGCCGGCUUACAUGGACGACGGCUAUGCUGGCCCGCGUCCUGCGUCCUUCUCGGUCGCCUCGGCGCGUCUGCGAUGGAGGUGCAACAACUUUCGAAUGGUCAUGUUCCGACCGUUCCUGCUCUCCAACUCGGUUGCGGCUGCGGCUGCGCGGGACCGCGGCGCACCUCGCCCGGCGCUGCGUCCUGCGGUCAAGCAGGCGAUUGCGCUGUGCCGAAGGAUGGCGAGCAACAACAUCCGCUCCAUCUCGGCCUUCUGGGACUCGCACCCUCACAACCAGGCCAUGGCAUGGCAUGCGAUCUACUUCCUCACGCAGAGCGCGCUCGUGCCGCUCGUGUCGCUGCUGGACGAGCCGAGCAGCGAGGAGGCGCGCGAGUGGGUGAGCCUGCUGCAGACGUGCGUGCGCCUGCUGGUCGACAUGGGUCGCAUCACGCCCAUCGGCGCCAAGUGCAAGGAUGCCAUCGAGAAUCUUGCGGGCGAUCUGCUGCGCAGCUCGGACGAGGAGCGCGAGUCGAUGCUGCUGUCGAGGUGGAUGAACGAAGCGCACUCGACCAACGUCGGCUCGUCGGCUGACGUGGACUCGCUGAUGUGGUCGUCUCAUCUCAUGGCUGCCAGCAGCGGCGCUUCGGAUGGACACACCUUCGGCGGUGUAGUGGGACACCCCACUGACCCGUCUCUGACCAUGUCGCUGGACAGCGCCUCGUCGGACGGCAUGUCGACAGGAUUCGACUUUGCUCGCGGCGUGGACGCGUCUCCUGGCGACCACCGCUCGUCGGUGGCCGAGUCGAUGGACCCUUGGGCUACGGCGGCGGCGACGGCGCGACCGAGCACCGCAUCGCAGUGGUCGGAGAACGAGGCCUCGAGCCUGCCCGAGCGCGAGUUCCUGCACCGCGAGAGGCUGGACCAGUGGUUCGGGCUGCAGGCUUCGCACCUCGAGUCGAACCAUGCUGCUCCGAUGGCUGCCCCCGCCGCACCGCCUGCUGCCCCGGCCGCUGCUCAGCAGCACGAGGCGAAUCUGGACUGGCAGACUGCGGCGGAUCCGACCAACUGGUGGAACGUGCAGUACAAGCACUCGGACGCCUCUCCCUCGAAUGGCUUCAUGUUCAACCACGACGUGCACAACGGCAACAGCCACCAUGGCCACGGCCACUUUGGCGCCGGCGCGGCCGCGGAGUCGUCGCAAGUCGCGCACCACGCGCAUGCGCAUGCCCACGCGCAUCCCCAGGCGCACUCGCAGCAUGGUGCGUCGCAUCAGCACUUCUUCUAA